AUGACGUCUCCCAGAAAAACUCGCAGGCCAGUCCAGCCUAGACCUAAACAGCCAGCAAGCGUCAAGCCUCAGCAUCCCCAGACCAUAAACCCUAUUCGACAGUAUGUCCCGUCUCGCCGACAACAAUCAGCAACCAAUGCAACGCCUCAGGCUCAAACUAGCACGCAACCAACGCCAGCUGUCAAGCCCAUCAAGCCUUUUCCAUUCUUCAAACUUCCCGGCGAGAUCAGGAACAGGAUCUAUGACCUUGUCGUCCCCGAUACUCAAGUUUCGGUCACAUCAAACCAUCCUCAGAAGGAGUACAACCUUCUCAAAGCACAAAAUCGGACUGCUAAACAGGUGAAAUGUCCCCGCCAUCGGUUAUCUGGAAGGUUUCAAGGAGAAGCUGCGCCAGUAGUAAUGCUUCUCACAUGUCGGCAGAUGUAUGAAGAGCUCGCUCCAAUCAUCUACUCGAGAACUACCUUCUCCUUUGACAGCUUCGUCAUCAUCAACAAACUCCUCAAUCGAGUUAAGAAUACACUCGUCGCAAACAUCGAAAGACUGGAAGUGACCCAUAAAGGAUACAGUGAGCCCGCAUUGAUGGCAGACCGAGAGUGGAAACUCCGCCAUGAUGCACGGUGGGCGGCGACCUUGGGACGUAUCAAGGCCGAGAUGGAAGGACUGCGAAGGCUCAAGCUCGACUUGACCAUCUAUGACUGGCCAUGCUCACUUACCAUUACCGAAAAGUGGGCUCAUCCUCUUCUCCAUCUCGCUGGUAACGGCCUCGAACGCGUGGACAUAUCUCUGGAGCAUGAUAGAUUCCACCAGAUGAAAUGUGCCACGGUAGCGAGAGAGCUGGAGAGCAAAAUGAUGACGCCAAAGGGUAGAAAGAUGAAGAUCCGUGAAGACAAACGGCGAGCAGAAGAGAAACAAAAGGCCAAGAAGAUCUUGACAAUCAAGCUGCCGCUGAAUGAUAAAACCACAAGUGCCAAUCUGCCGCUCAAGAAAGUGGUCAAAACGACUGGUCUGGAUGGAUAUGCUCAAGCUCAGCUUCCCGUCGCAACUUGCAGCAGCAACCCGUAUGAGUUACCGGUAUGGUAG